CAUCGAAAGCUUACGAUAUCUUAAUAUUCUCCAAUCUUUGACCUUAUAUUAUCGAAUCGUGGCAAGUGUAUGAAUCAAACAGUGACCUUUAAUUUGACAUCGUGAUGAGAGUUUAAAAGAAAACUACGGGAAAAUUUAUUUGGUCUCAGGAGAAUGGAACAACCUCACAUCUCAACACAUGUACUUGAUACAAGCCAAGGAGUUGCAGUCUCGAACCUUCAUGUGUGUCUCUACAAGAAGGUUGAUGAUAUCUGGAUUGUUGUUAGUGAAAGCCAAACAAAUUUAAAAGGACGAUGUUCGGAUUUUUUGGAAAAAGCUGGACAAUCAUUAACUGCAGGAUGUUAUAAAUUCAUUUUCAAUGUGGGAGAUUAUUUUUCUGCUACCCAGAGGUUAUCUUUUUAUCCAACAAUUGAAAUAAUAUUUGAUAUACAAAAUCCUGGUGAACAUUACCAUAUACCACUUCUGUUGAACCCUUUUGGAUUCAGUACUUAUCGAGGAACUGCAUAAAAUACGGGAAGUCCUUCUGGGCUAUCGUAAGCAAGUUUUCCUUUAACAACACGAACUGGUUUACCAUCAACUUCUUUAAUAUCUUCUGUUUCUUCUCU